AUGACAUUUUCAUUCCUUACUCAUCGGUUGAAAUCUAAGCCGUUACAUGUAGAACAUGAAACACACGGGCUUCCCAUCCCCCAAAACAGCCCUUCUCACCAGAACGAGAAACUCGCUACAACCAUCACCACAGCUCCUAUCAUCUUCCCCUCUCUCCGCCCCUCUCUCGAUCUCGAUCCCAUCCGCUCGAUCCCAUCCCACCCCUCCCACUCCCACUCCCCCGACCAUGAUCCUGAAAAAUCUCCAGAACGAUCUACCGAUACCCCAGAGUUAGUUUUAAAUUCGCCGUAUCCGCAAGUACGGGCUGCGGUGCGUAAUACGGAUGAUCCCACACUUCCAUGUAACACGAUUCGAGCUUGGUGUAUUGGGUUGGGGCUUACGACGGUGGGAGCGGGGAUUAAUUGUUUGUUCAGUUUGAGGAGUCCGAGUAUUGCUGUUACUACUGUUUGUGUCCAACUAGUCGCAUGGCCUCUAGGUAAAGGCUGGGACAUGCUCAUCCCCGAUUGGAGCUGGGACUUUCAAGUCUGGGGCUGUGGUUCGAGGAAAUGGAAAAUAAGGUUGAAGGAAGGAAAAUGGAAUAUGAAGGAACAUGCCAUUGUGGUUGUGAUGGCCAAUGCGGGAUAUGCUGGUGCGUCGAUAUACGCUACCGAUAUACUUAUCUCGCAAGAAGUGUUUUAUGGGCAGAAAUUUGGAUGGGCGUUUCAACUCCUCUUUGCGAUCACGAAUCAAAUGUUAGGGUUUGGGUUGGCGGGGAUUUGUAGAAGGUGGUUGGUUUGGCCUGCGGCGAUGAUUUGGCCGAGUGAUUUGGUUAAUUGUGCGUUGAUGUAUGCUCCUUGGUAUGCCAUCGCGAAUACUUUGGUUGGCUUAUUUAUAUUCGUAAUCAUUAGCUCGCUAGGUGUACAUUAUACGGGAACUUGGUAUGCGGAUUAUCUUCCCAUGAACAAUGGACACAGCUACGAUAAUACAGGGAAACCAUACAACGUCAGUAGAAUCCUCAAUGUGAAUCUGGAAUUCAGUGAGGAAUUGUAUAGGAAAUAUUCGCCGGUAUUUCUAUCGACGAAUUUUGCGUUGAAUUAUGGUAGGGCUCUUCUUGUUCUAUAUGAAAGCAAAACCAUUUGGAGACAAUGGAAACAAGCUCGGAAUCAAGAAGAUGAUAUUCAUAUGAAACUCAUGAAGAACUAUAAAGACGCACCAGACUGGUGGUAUAUAACCCUUGGACUCGUCAUGCUUGCACUCUCCUUCGUCGUCAUCCUCGUCUGGGACACCCAUUUAAAAUGGUGGGCCUUUGUAGUUUGUAUUGCUAUUCCUCUCAUCUGGACAGUACCCAUCGGUAUCAUAUUCGCCACGACCAAUAUUCAAAUAGGACUUAAUGUCUUCACGGAGUUUGUGAUUGGAUACAUGUUGCCUGGACGUCCAGUGGCUAUGAUGCUAUUCAAGGCUUAUGGCUACAUAACAAUGACCCAAGCCCAAUUCUUCCUUCAGGAUUUAAAAUUAGGUCAUUACCUGAAGGUCCCUCCAAGAACAAUGUUCGUCGCACAGUGUGUAGCUGCUUUAUGGUCAUCUAUUGUACAAAUCGCCGUGAUGAACUGGGCACUUUUCCACAUCCCCGACAUCUGCACCCCCACCCAACCCAAUUCCUACACCUGUCCCGGCCCCUCAACCUUCUUCACCACUACAAUCAUCUGGGGAGUCAUCGGUCCUUCGCGUAUCUUCUCUUCCCCUGAAUCCUACUAUCAACCCCUGCUGUAUUAUUUUCUCCUCGGCGCUCUCCUCCCCAUUCUUACCUAUGCACUAGCCAAAGCCUACCCUCGCUCGCCCCUCAAAUACCUAAUUAUCCCCAUCAUGUUUGGAGGUCUACAGAUUCUACCUCCUGCUACUGGGUAUAAUUUUCUGUGUUGGGGACUUGUGGGGUUCAUCUUUCAGUAUUGGAUUAGGAGAAGAUGGGGGGGUUGGUGGGAAGGUUAUAAUUAUGUAACCUCCGCAGCUCUAGACACCGGUCUCAUUCUCUGCACCCUCCUUAUAUUUUUCACAUUAGAUCUCACCAAUGUCAAGCCUCCUCAAUGGUUCGGAAACGUAGAUGUAUUUAAGACGAUGGAUGCAACAGAUACCGCAGUCCGUAAAAUACUUCCUGAAGGAGAAACUUUUGGGCCAAAGACUUGGACGUAA